UUUGUUCCAGAAGAGCAGAGAAUGAUAUUAAUACGCGGCCAGUACGAGACCGCCCAGCUGGGUGCAGCGAUUAUCGUUUACGUGAUUAUGUUCCUGUGCGGCUGCAAUGUGGUAACCUUCCAUUAUGUGCCUGAUCUGCCCACCGUUCUGUUCCUCUACACUUUGGUGCUGCUGUCCCACCACUUGCGUGUUCUGUUCCUGCGUCCAGUGCAGAAUACCUGGCAGUUUCUCCUGGAGCUGGCUGGAGCCUAUGUCAUCGGCCAGCUGGCCAUACUGAUCAUUUGGGAGUCGUUCUAUGCCGUGCUGGAUCUCUGCCGCAUGUCGCUCGAGUCCACUGUGCUUUUCCAAAACAUCUUCCACAUCUCACCGACGUUGUUUUUCCACCUUCGCCACGACCCUAUUUAUCUCUUGAAGUUGAUGGUCGCGGUUUACAGUGCCAUUAAGAUGACCGUUUUAACCAAAGCGAAUGAAUAUGCCUUGGCCUGCUGCCGAACUAUGAGCUACUAUGAGGAGGAAGAUAUUAUGCAAAGAUUACGGAAUGCUGCCAAUUCGAAGAAUGUGCAAACCAAUCGCACCAGGGCCACGUCGCGUGCUAUGCCGCGAUCCAGAAAGGCCACUCCAGCCAACGGGCGGCAGAGAUCGCAGAGUCGAAGACGUUAAAGCUGCCACAGCACACCCUAAACACAUACAAAUAUUUUACCUAAAGACACCUCGUCCAUUGCACCCGACUGCGGCAAGUCAAGGUGCACUUUGAAUGCCGUUUUAAGUAUAUUAACAUGGAUGAACGAGCAUUUGUUACAAAGCGAUUUCAAGUUUGGCGGCAAAAUCAUAGCCCCCCGCCAGUCAUGCGCACUCGAUCGAUAUACGUUAUCGAGAUCAUACCUAUCCUGUUUUUACCAUCAAUGGACGACAGCAUGCAUACA